CACUUUGUUGUUUGAUCUGAGCUAUUUGUUCAGGGUAAGAGGACAUCAAAGUUCAGUUUGGGCUUUCUGCUCUUUCUUCACAGUGUUGCAAACAGACCAGUUCCUGCAAUCACAGAGAAAGCACAGGAUGUGGGUUGUCACGGUCAUCGCUGUGUCCUGUGUCCUUGUCGGCCCCUCUCUCGCCGGGGUCAAGGACCUGGCCUCUCACUUCAGCUUCUAUGACCAGAGUCCGACCCCAAACACUGAGCCGGACCCACGAGGCCUCGGCCAGGGUGGAGCUCUGGACAUGGAGAACAUUCCUCUGGAGUUCCACAAAGAGAACACGGUGACCAAUGAUCUGCCCCUGGAAGGCUUUGAGGACGAAGACUACAUCGACUUUGACAAAAUCCUGGCUGAGGGAGGGGACGACUACAGUGAGGGGGAUGAGAUUGAUGAGAUCGCAACUCCCGCUCCGUAUAUCGACAUCUUCGCUGAGCCCUCAGAUCCAAAGACGCGGCGCGCCCGACUCCUGAGCCUAUUUCACGACCGCUCACGCCUCCAACGAAUCAACGUGGUCAACGCCCACUUUGGCUUCAACCUCUACCGCAGCCUUCGGAACAACGUCAACCAGACCCACAACAUUCUGCUGGCGCCCGCCGGAAUCUCCAUCGCCAUGGGCAUGAUGUCACUGGGAGCGGGGCCUGGAACACAUUCUCAGCUCUACCGGGUGCUGGGAUUCGCCAAUUUCGUCAAUGCCAGCAAUCACUACGACAACGCCACGGUGCACAAGCUGUUCCGGAAGCUCACACACAGACUCUUCCGACGCAAUUUCGGGUACACGCUGCGAUCCGUUAAUGACCUGUACGUGAAAAAGGAGGUGGCGGUGGAACCGAGUUUCCGGGCAGACACCAAGGCAUACUACUUUGCAGAGCCCCAAUCGGUGGACUUCAGGGACAAGGCGUUUCUGGUCAAGGCUAACCGGCGCAUCUCGAAACUGACCAAAGGACUGAUCAGAGAACCACUAAAAAAUGUGGACCCCAAUAUGGUGCUGAUGCUACUCAACUACCUCUACUUUAAAGGUACGUGGGAGCAGAAAUUCCCAAAGGAGAUGACUCACUACCGGAACUUCCGUGUGAAUGAGAAGAUAAACGUUCGAGUGCCAAUGAUGCAGAACAAAGGGAACUACCUGGCGGCUGCAGACCAUGAACUGCAGUGUGACAUCCUACAGCUCCCCUAUGUGGGGAACAUCAGCAUGCUCAUCGCCCUGCCCAGGAAGUUCUCCGGCAUGAGGAAGCUGGAGCAAGAGAUCUCCCCCACAGUGGUCAACAAAUGGCUCAGCAACAUGACCAACAGGACGCGUGAGGUGGUCUUCCCCAGGUUUAAGCUGGAGCAGAGUUAUGACCUUAUAGACAACCUUAAGGAGAUGGGCCUCACAGACCUCUUUGAGGAGAGGGGUGACUUCACUGGGAUGACUUCAGAGAAGAUCGCAAUUAACUGGUUGAAGCACCAGGGGACGAUCACGGUGAACGAGGAGGGGACGGAGGCUGCGGCCCUGACCCAGGUGGGCUUCAUGCCCCUCUCCUCACAGAUACGAUUCGUUAUAGACCGGCCAUUCCUCUUCCUCAUCUACGAGCACCGCACAGACUGCCUCGUCUUCAUGGGCCGCGUGGUCGACCCCUCACAGAGCUAAACGCUUCGUAACUCUGUAGAUCGUUCUAUCUAGAAAAAUGUACCUACUAACAUUAAUACUUUUUUUAGGAUUGUAUUAACAGUGGACUAAUUAACAAAAUAUUUGUUUUUAUUUUUAUGAACUAUCUUUUUAAAUGUCCUUUUCAGCUAGCAUUCACCCAAAGUAGGAAGGCGUUUCAAAAAUAUUGGCCUGGUAACCAAUUCUGCUGAUCCUACAAACGGACUACUAGCUGUCAUGGCGAACUGUAUGAACUUGUGUCUGAGAGAGGUUAGUCAGGAAUGUUGAUAUUUGCUGUCUGUUAAUGUUCCAUCUCUCUAUACAUCUACAGUGGAAGUUGUUCGAAUAGAAACACUAAGCUUUGGCUAUUCAAUAAAUGUUUUAGGGGAAAACAACAUAGUCAAUUUGACCAUGACUUUCUUGUUUAGUUUUUUUUUAAUGUUUGAUGUUUGGAUUUUCUGAAAAGUGUUUAGCUACUGUGUAUGUAAAGUUCUGUCUAGAAUGUUAGAUAAAAGAAUAAACAAAAGCAUUUGAGACUGUUGAAAA